AUGUCAAUACUACUUUCGAGUAGACUUCUUACAACGUUAAAAAUUAUACAAUUAAAUAAUGAUAAACCACCAAAAAUAUUUAGAAAAGCUUUAGAAUUAUCCUUUUUUAGUAGAAAUGCUAGAAAAAGAAAAAUUGCUGUUCAAUUAAUCCAACCGCUUUCAUCACUUGGAAAUAAAGGCUAUAUGAGGCAUAGAUUAUACCCUAAUCGAUUUGCAAAUUACUAUAUACCAAGAGGACCCAAAGAAAAUGAAUCUGAAGAUGGUAAAAAACAAAUACACCUUCUCGCCAAAGGUGGACAAAUUACCCUAGCGCUAUAUGGUCAACCUUAUAAAUCAUUGAAUCAUUCGUGUCAUUUAAUUUUUGAACGUGAGUCAGCAAGAGAUCCUAAUGAUCUUUCGGUCUUAAAAAGUCCAGUUACACGUGAAGAUAUUGUAGAUAAAAUUAAAGAAUCUCUCGGUUUAUCCAUAAAUAUUAAUGACAUUGAAUUCCAUCAAGAUAUUUCAAAAAUGAUUCAAAACUCGGGAAAUCAUACCUGUUUUGUGACAUUUCGUGAAAUUGAUUAUAAAGUUCCAUUGAAAGUAGUGGUACAAUCUUUUGCUGACAAUUAA